AUGUUUGCUUCGUCGGUUCUGCGUGCUCCGCGCAUUCCUCGCAGUGCUCUAUCGACACAGCCCCGACUGGGUGGAGCAGCUAGAACUUUCGCCAUUCCUUGCCGCAAGGUGGUGGUCGAAUACUGCGAAAAAAGUGUCGCAAGCAAGGGCACACGCGAUUACCUCUUGCAACAAGCUGUGUCGAUUGCGCGUGCUUAUCCGUCUGUAGAAUUCGUGGUUAUUCCACGCCCACAAAAAUCUCCUGUCUUGCGUGGAUUUUACCCGACACAAGUGGGGCCUAAAAUGCAACUGAUUUUGGAUGCUAGCGGCGCAAAAACACAUCAUCUCAAGCGUACGCCUGUGGCCAGCUCGAAUGAGUCAGCUCGUGGUGUUUGGAGCCCGAUGCACGACAACUUGCCUAAAUUGUAA